CAAUAAUUAAUGAGUUCUAGCUCUUAGUCUCUACAAUUUACAGAUUCUGAAUCUCAUGAGAGAGCUCCUAUAAAAAAGGUGAACAUUGGAAAUGAACCAGAAAUUGGUCAAAUACAAUAACAAAUUGAAUAUAGUUCUAAAGGAAUGGCUCAGAACUAGAAAAGUAAAUGUAUUCUUUAAUUUUCAAGAUAGUCUUACUGCUAAGGAAUAUUAUGAUUAAUAAAUUAAAAAUACAGAAACUCAUAGAAGAAUUAGUAGAUUAUAUUAUCUAAGAAAUUUUUAAAAUUGGGUUAAAGCUGUCUUAAUCAAUGAAUAUAGUACUUCACUUAAGCAAAAUUUUACUGAUAAGAGAAAUGUAAUUAACAUAAGCUAUGUUUUAAGUUAUUAAAUGUUUUCGAAAUGGGUUGUGGAAAGGGUGGAGAUAUGUAUAAAUGGAGCAAGGCAGGGACUGGACUUUGGUUCGGAAUUGACAUAUCAAGUGAAAGUUUAAAAGAAGCUGAAAGAAGACAUAAAACUUAAAAGGAGGAUAAGAAGAAAUAGAUUUAAAAAAUAUAUUUGAUGGAGACAAAAGCAGAUUCGGAUUCUACAUUAUUUAGAUCUAGAUUGCCACAAGAUAUAUAUUUUGAUUUUGUAAGUAUGUAAUUUAUGGCAAACUUGUUAUUCUCUUCUGAAUAAGCAGUAGAAAAUAUGUUUGAAGUAUACAUUUCCAUAUUAUCUCAAGAAUAUGACCUGUAGAUUGACCAAUUAAGGUAUUGUGUUAAUGACAAUAACUGAUUCUAAUGUGUUAGUGAAAAAAAUGAGAGAAUUUACAACAAAAGAUAUAGAAGGUAACUACGUAUAUUCCAGGAACCAAUAUUUUUCAAUAAAAUUUGAAAGUCUACAAUUUUCCAAAAAUAAGCCUUUUGGAUAACAAUACUACUUUUAUUUGGAAGAUUCUGUUGGGUUUAAAGAAGAUAAUCAAAUUAAAUAUGUUCCAGAAUAUUUAAUUGAAUUAUAAGCUUUUGAAUAGAAAGCUAAGGAAUAUAAUUUGGAAAUUAUAGAAAACUUGAAUUUCAUUGACUUCUUUGAAAAAUAUAAAUAAAAACACUCUGAUUUACUCAAAAUUAUGGUCAAACCACCAAGUGAUGAAUGGUAACUUUCUAUAUUUACACUUUAGGAAAAUGCCCAUGGAUCAAUGGGAAAUAGCACAUCUAUAUAGAGUAGUUGUUUUGAGACAUUUAAAAGGUCAAGCACAACCUAAAAUCAGAAGGCAUCCUCACUUAACUGAAUUACCUGAUAGUGUGCUUGAAUUAGAAAAUGAAUGAUCU